GGCAGAAGGAGGAGCCACAGAUGCCUGCAGCAGAGGUGUUUGCUGAAACUUCGGGCUUGGUUGGCUAAUAUAGCAGUGUGCAAAGACAGGAUGUUUUUGCUUCUUUGGGAAUCUUGAUCACCUCACUCCUUCCAGAAGCAAUCAGCUGAUAUCUUGGCUCACUGUCUGCCUGAGCGAAUGUCCACAACAGCAUGUGACUGGGUGUCCUCAAAUGAGAGGUGUCUUGCCAGGACUAUGGCAAAUCAGGAAGCCACUCCAGGAAGCCAAUCAGAGGAGAGCAAUGCUUUGGACCUGCCAUCAGCUUAUGACAUAAGGGAUUACGUGUUGCAGAGACCCAGCCAGGAGGCCAACAGUGAGGCUUUUAGUUCUGAGGAAGCCUUUUCUAUUCCUUGCUCUUCUGAUACGGAUCCAGGCAGAUCUCAUUGUCUCGGGGAGAAAAACAUCUUAUCUAAGCAAAACUGUUGGGAGAGACUUCAAAGGACAGCCUCCCUGUCCUGGUGGAACCAGGACAAGGAGCUGUUUCCUGGAGGCCUUUUUGUCUGAGUCCCUUUCUGAUCUCCAUCCAAAUCCAUUUAGAGGCAGGGAGCACUUGGUUCACUGGGAGAGGGUAGAAUUGGUUUUUUGUUUUGUUCUUUUAAAACUUCAGAAAAUAGCCAUGUGGGCCUGUUGUGUGUCAUAGGGACUUUAGUGUUCCUCUUAUGAAGUAUACUCUGGAUUUAGGUAACAACUUUUCUGUAAGUUUCCCUGACCGAAUUGCCGAAAAGUCUGUUUUUUAAGUUUAAUGAUAAUUCUUUGACAUAGUUAGUGACCACCUCUGGUUGUAAAGCCCAUCUCCUCCCUGUUUAUUGCCUAAUCCAGGCCUGUAGGUCCACAUAUUCAAAGCUUUGCCACUUACUGGUUAUGUGACUCAGGUCAUAUUUCUUAACCCCUCUGAGUUCCAGAAUCAGCUACAAAAUGGGGAUCAAAAUGCUUGCUUCAUGGAGUAGGUUUAACUCAGGGAACAGUGCAGGGACACAUCAUAGUGUUUGCCAUACAUUGGUGCUCAGGCAAUUGCUAUUACAGUAUUCUGGUGCUAUUAUUAUUGUUGUUGUUGUUGUUAAUAUUAAGAAACCCAAAUAUAUAUUUUUAAAGAGCACACAGGUACUAAGAAAAUGUGGGCCUUAAUGAAGAUGAAUUUAACAUUGGCAGUAAGUAGGGUGUGUACCUGUCAUUAUCUUCAAGAAUUCUAUGAAAAAAAAAAUACUUUUAAACUUCCUGAUGAUUCUUUUCUGAUUUUCAGGACAUAGUAAUCAGGAUCAGUCAGAUUCCUGUUUAAUUUAGUUCCAGAGCAAGAAUUAGAUCAUUUCUUAUCCUUUUUCUUUCUAGGCUCAGAAUCUUAGUUCAUUUAACCUUUCCUCUUCCCCUUCCCAUCCUGCUGCCUCUACAUUACUUUCCAUCCCAAAGAAAGCAACUGUUAUUAAUUUGAAUUGAGUUGACCAUUGAAAUAUUUAUAUUGGAGUAUUUGUUUAAAAUCUAGACAUUUUAUGAAAAAAGAUUCUUUUGGAAGCCCUUAUAAAGGUCUAAACAUGGGAAGGAGCACUCAUAUCCUGAGACAACCAUUUUGCACGGCAUGGGGAGUGGUGGUGCUGCAUUUGACUGUCUAGUUUGAAUUCUGAUUCUACUUUUUUCUGUGGUUUUGCCUUGGACAAGUCAUUUGGCCUCCAUGUCUUGGUUCCUUCAUUUGUAAAAUGGAGAUAGUAAUGCCUACCUUGUCACGGGGCAGCCAUAAUGAGGGUCAAAGUGUAUGAGGUGUAAUGCCUGGCAUGUGGUGGGCUUUGGAAAUCCAGCUCUUCAUGAGUUCAGUGCCUGGGCACCUCAGCACACCACCACGCUGACCAGGCUCCAUUUUUUUUUUAAUUGAGCUAUAAUUUAUGUGCAAUAUUAUAUGUUACACGUGUACAACAUAGUA